GUAAAACAGAGGAUAAUUAGAUUUUGGUGUGCGAGGGCGAUGGCUGCCGCUAUGAAAUGCGGAGCUCUUCUUCUGUCCAGCAAAACCUGCUGCCAAUUUCAGUCCACCCUCACCAAGCCCUCCUUAUUACGACAUCUCCUCCUCAGAAAACCAUUCUCUCCUCCGCUUAUCUCCUCCGAUCGGUAUUUUUUCUGUUCAUCACUAAAAUCAUCAGAUGCAGAUUCCAACCUCGCCACUUCCCCUCCAAAACCAGAUUCCUCCGUGGAUCCUCCACCUUCAGAACCAUCUAUCCCUCAAACGGAGCCCAUAAAGAGCUUGGUAGAUGCGUUGGACAUCAGGGUUGGAAGAAUUCUCAAAGCCUGGAGACACCCAGAAGCUGAUUCGCUUUACGUUGAAGAGGUUGAUGUUGGAGAGCCUGAACCCAGAACCAUAUGCAGUGGUCUCGUCAAUUACAUCCCUCUCGACCAAAUUCAGGGCUUACAAGUGAUUGUUCUUGCCAAUCUGAAACCCAGGAACAUGCGUGGGAUCAAGUCGAGUGGAAUGCUUCUCGCUGCUUCUGAUGCAUCGCAUGAGAACGUUGAGCUGCUCUUGCCUCCAGAGGGUUCGGUCCCUGGUGAAAGAAUCUGGUUUGGAACGGAAGAGAAGGAAGCUCAGAUUGAUCCUUUGUCACCUAAUCAGGUUCAGAAAAAGAAGGUUUGGGAAGCGGUUCAGCCUCGUCUCAAGACCGAUGAGUCUUGCGUUGCAGCUCUUGAGAUUGAUGAGGGUCAGGGGUUGCAUCCCAUGCGGACCUCUACAGGUGUGGUCGUGUGUCCAACUCUCAAGAACGCUCGCAUUUCCUGAUUUAGUCCAGCGCAUUAACUGGGAUUUCCAAUUUUAUGUUGUUACCAGGGAAAACUAAAUGUUAGCUGCUCUGAGUUUUGGUUGAUGAACCCUUUCAAUUGAUGUAAUUCUCCCCAAUUUAUGUUGGAAAUGAAAAUUUUGUCACCUGUCUUUGUAGAUUCA